UUCACGUGUGUAUGAAGACUGACAAAAUCGUGCGGUCUGAUUUGCGUAAAGACGCACGAUUCACGACGUUUGCAGUGACAAGCGAUACGUUCGAAGCGAACGUUAGUCGAGUGUAAUUUUGAAAGAUAUCCUUCGAGUUUAUCAAAGAGUUUAUGACAAUUCGCAAAGAGGAUCACGAAGGAAGCCCAGCUUUAACAUGCAUUGAAAGGAUUCGCACGCUCGAGUCGUACCGAUAUUCGCCAUCGGGCGGACACAGUGACACGGCGGUGAUCGACAGAGGCACGGAGCUUAUCACUGGCGAGAAGAGCGUGCCGGAGUGUCUCGUCGUCUCUACAAGUCGUACGAAGAACAGGGACGCGCGUUUCCGACCCUCCAUGGACCACGGAGCGAUGGACAGCUCUUCCGACCACAGCAGUCGUGCCAGUCCCGUAACCGGCAGUCCAAAACAUCCUCACAGCCCGUCGACGCAGCAGAACCAACAGCAGCAGCAGCAGCAGCAGCAACAGCUCCACGGCAGUCAACAUCAACCACCGCCGUCUCAUCAGCAAUCGCACGGGCGUGAUCAGAUUCGCGAUCAUCCGCAGCAGCAACCGCAGCACCGUGGUGUGCCGACACCGGGAUCGCCUACGAGAGGUUCACCACCCCAGGGCCUUCCUCUGAGUCCACCGCCGUUGUCGGCCGGGGGCGGCCCCGGGGCACCGCCGGGUAUGGUGCCUCGUAUGCCGGGUUUGCCGCCGCCGGGACUGGGACUGUUGGGCCAGCUCGGUGGUAUGCUGAGCGGGCACCAUGGCUCGCCGCUCGAAUUAAUGGCAGCCCAUCACGCGGUUCUGCCACCGAGAUCCUACAACAGUCCACCGCCGAUUAGCACUAGCGAUCCUACCGCCAACGAGUGCAAGUUGGUCGACUACCGUGGUCAGAAGGUUGCCGCGUUCAUCAUCGCCGGCGACACGAUGCUGUGUCUGCCUCAGGCCUUCGAGCUGUUUCUCAAACACCUCGUGGGCGGCCUCCACACAGUCUACACGAAGCUCAAGCGACUGGAUAUCGUGCCGUUGGUGUGUAACGUCGAGCAGGUUAGGAUUCUACGCGGUCUCGGAGCCAUCCAGCCCGGCGUCAAUCGGUGCAAGCUGCUCAGCUGCAAGGACUUCGACAUUCUUUACAGGGACUGCACCACGGCCAGCUCCAGGCCAGGAAGACCCCCAAAGAGAGCUUCCGUUGGGCUGAGCCUUGCGGCGAGUCACCUAGCCGCGGCGGCUGGUCAUCAUCCUCAACACUCCCUGAAGAAGCACAGAAUGGACAACGGCGAUUAUUACGAGAACGGGCAUCUCGACGUACCAAGGAUGGAAAAGUCACCGCUUCUGGCGAAUGGAUACAAUCACCCACCCACGCACCUGAGCCACAUGCAGUUCAUGCAGCUCGGCGGGCAUCCAGGUGCAGGACAUACCGCUAUCCUGUCACCGGCCAGUCUACCGCAUCACCUGCAAGCGCAAGCACAGGCUCGGGCCGAGCAGGGUCUCAAGGUCAAUCCGAAUAUGACCAACAUGGAAGCCCUCGCGAGGUCCGGGACGGUUUGGGAAAACUGCCGAGCUGCCUACGAAGAUAUUGUCAAACAUCUCGAAAGGCUCCGUGAGGAGAGGGGCGACGCCGAGAGAGCGCUGGCUUUGGACCACAAACCCAGGGAUCUCAGCUCGCACAAUGGCUCCUCCAACGGUCACAGCCCGGUUCUAAAUCUUUCAAAAACGGCGGGAAGCGGAAGCGUGGGCGAACAGUCCGGAAGUGAGGCAGGCGCGUCGCACCGUUCUCAAGACGACGACGAGGAGGACGAUAAUCUGUCGGAGGACCUCGAAGACGACAAUGAAAAGGACGAAGAUUUGUCGGACGUGCCGGAAAACCUGCCAUUGCCAGCGCCGGGCUCGGAAAGUCCUCCUCAAGCCCUGAACUACUCGCAGAUAGCCUCGGCGGCGGUCGCCGUGUCUCAGAGCGCCCAAGACCCCUCGGUCUCGAGUACGGAGACCCUGCUGAGGAAUAUCCAGGGCCUGCUCAAGGUCGCGGCUGACAACGCGAGGCAGCAGGAGAGGCAAAUCAACUACGAGAAAGCCGAGUUGAAAAUGGACGUUCUCCGGGAGCGGGAGGUCAAGGACAGUCUGGAGCGGCAGCUACAAGACGAGCAGAAGGUGCGAGUGGUUUAUCAGAAACGGUUAAAAAAGGAGCGGCGAGCGAGGAAACGGCUGCAGGAGCAGUUGGACCUGGAGAUCAAGAGGCGCACACAGUUGGAGGAGGCCCUCAAAGCCACGGGCGCGUCCUCGGAGCAAGUCAGAGCGAUUACCGAAAACGUAACGGCGGAGGCGCGCACGAGUUCGGAGCCGCCGGAGGCUAGCCCGGUACAUUCUCAGUCGCAGCAGCAGUCGUCGCAGCAACAACCGCCGCAGCAACCCCUUCAGCAGCAACAGGCAGCGGCCCAGCAGUACCGGGAGGCGCAAGUACCGCGUCCUUCCCAGCAACCGUCGACGCCGGAGAAGCCCGCAUGGGGAUACGGGCUGGAUCUCAUCGGUAGCCAGGCGUCGGCCUUCUGGCAAAACUACCAAGAAUCGCUGGUGCAGGAACUCGAGCUGGAGAGAAAAUCGCGGCAGCACCAAGCGGCCGAGAGGGACCAAGUCAAGUCUCCUCUUCAAGAGUCGCGGACGGGUUACUACAAGAACUCCGUUCUGUUUACGAGUGCGACCUAGAAGAGGCCGGACGACGGCAGACGGGGGCAGCAGGCAGAUCGGGCAGAUCGUGCAGCGAGCAGCCGAAGCGAGUGAUCGAUCGGACAGCAAAGCAGAAAGCGCAAUUCGAAACCACGAGAGCGGACUCGCACAACGAGAGGCAAACGUGAAGAAACGGAAUCGUGAUGGUCGACCGCGGGAAGAAGGAACGUACGGAAGGACUCGACGGGGAAGAGCGAAACUCCGAGUGAUGAUCUCGCGCGAGUGACCGCGCGGACUUAUUGUACAGCUCGGCGAGCAGUGCGAAGUACACCGAGAGUAAUCGGAAGGCUCCGCGAGAGUACUUUAUCGUCGGGAGACUCGUAAGUUCCGGAUAGAAUCGUACGGACGAGCGCUAAGCGGCAGAGAGAGUAGACUCGAUUUCGACCGUACGAAUAAAAACGUGCCGGCUAUAUUUACGCGUUUGUACAGAGCCGCGAUCACGUUUUCCGACGCUCGAAGGGAGGAAAACUCGGAGGGAUGAGAGAG